CAAAACAUUGCGGUCUUACUUGAGAAGAAAAUUCAGUGAUCCAAGUUUCGUUAGGGAUAUCAUGGAAUCUAUGAGUCAAAGCGGCAUUUUACUGAAGGUUAUCCGCCAGUCCUCUGGCGUGUACAUUUGCUAUUCCGAUGGGGUGCGGAAAAUUCGCCCCCGACUGGUCUGCACUUCCGAGUAUGAAUCCAGAGUUGAAGAGGAUAUUUGGGAUGAAGACCAAGACCUUUUCCCGGAAUCGGACUCCCAAGACCUGUUCAACUCCGUCUCUGCGGCUAAAAAGCCCAGAUUGGAUGAAGAAGACAAGGAUGAACAACUGUUGUUUAAGUAUAAAACUCCGGUUAUAGCCUUUGCAGACUAUCAAGGCCAAUUGUUUUCCUUGCAUAAAAAGUCAUCUACUCAUGUGUAUGUUGAGAUUUGCCAAAUAUCAACUUGGACCUGCGCGAAUUCGUGCUUGGUCAAGAUUCCCCUGUCAAAGGUCCCGAGGACAGAGGGUGAAUACUGGAUGCACGUUCUUCCAAUCGGUCAUGUGGUGCCGGAGUUAACUGAUUUGAUGUCAUCUCAGGACUUGGAUCUGUCCCAUAUCUUACUCGUAAAGAUACCCUUUCAAAGAUUAUUUGUCGUGCCCAUCGCUUAUGGUGGAAAUGUGGAGACACUUUUGCAGGUCCCCGAAAAGUUGGAUGUCUCGAGCAAGGUGGAUAUUUUCGUGAAACUUUACCAUUAUCGUGACGUGGAGCACUCCUUACAUGAAGAUAUCAUCGACCGGAUAUUACGAAGUGCUCAAAUUUCUUUAGAAAGCAGUCACAACUUCAUUGCCAGAGAGGAUAUCAAAGAGGUAAUCCCUUUUCAAGAUGGAUUCCUUAUGCUGCUUCGUGACGGCAAGUUGUGGGAAUAUUAUAAGAUUGGGAACACAGUGCGUAGAACUCUAAUUCCUGUUCAGCUUGUCGCUAUGAUUCAUUUCAGUUGGGACGGAUCUGGGGUGAUCUUGACCCAAACUUAUGACCAAUAUCUAAUGAAACUGCCCUUUAAUGAGUCUUUGGAUAUCGCUGACACUUCUAGGACAGAUUUAAAACUGAUUCAAGAAGCUUUGGACAAUGUAGAAGAACUAGAACGCCUCAACCAAAUUCGAAUGACUCAAGAAACGGUGUUGAAACAAAUCAAAGUUGGUGCUUCUUUAAAGGAGCAUCAAGACCUUGGGCAAAUGUUUAGUACCCAGAUUUCAAUUCACCCACUUAAAGUCUUCGAUUUGGACAAUGGGUUUAGAUCUAGUAUCAAGUUUCUGAAUGAAUCCACUUUUGAUCUGAUGGGCAAGUUUUGGUCCCUUCACAUAGCAUUCACAACUAAGGACUCCUCAUUGUCAUGCUGUCAUACAAUUGACCUGCCCCAAGAACUAAAACAUGGAUCGAGUUUUUCCGCUCAGAUUGAUGUACCUGAAGAAAUCCGACGGCUUCACCAUCUACCAAUCGAAGUCCGCGGAGAUUUGGAGUUCAAUUCAAAGUUUAACCUAAAAAGCUCUAUCCUGUUCAAAACAGUUUUCAAAGUCCAAUUGAACACCGUUCAUUUUCUCUCGGUUGUAUCCGAUUCCACAAAUGAUCUUAUCUUCAACCCUUACAAUCAGAAUUCAUGCGAAGAUUUGAUCCGGGACUGGACUAUAUCCAAGUAUCCUUCGUUAUCCCUGAAUGUUUUGAAGAAACAAACUCGUUUGUCCACGAUCCAUGUUGAAAUGACAUCGGAAAUGCUUCAAAAUUUCAAAGACAUGAGUCUGUUCCGUGCCAUCUUAGAUGGUUCUCGGUCAGUGUAUAAUCUCAUUUUAUUCCACCAUGGCUUAACUCUAAGUGUGACCGACAAAAAAUGGACAAUCUCUGGGACAGACGGGAACAUCCUCGAGAAAGUGUACUUGGAUUUGUGUCAUUUCAAAAGAACUUUUGCUCUUCAAUGCAACGAGGGUAAGGUGGAGGUGCCCAAAGCAAUGGCGUCCAAGGCGUUUGAGCUCCAUUAUGAGCUUGGAUUGCUAGAUCAAGACGAUCCAACAGAUGAAAACCUUGCCAUUUUGAAUCAGUGCAUGGAAGCAUUCAAAUUGGACAUUGGCGCUAAACUCUGCUGAGUCAAAGGAACUGAAGCAUCGGGGCCCCGCACACAGCCUUCAUGGGCUCAUUUUGAUCUAUUUUGAUCCUGCACGAAAUUUUACACGUACACAACGCAACAGCACAGUCUUAAAGGGUGGCUAUGGCUCAAGUUUUUUUUUAAAUGUAUACCCCCAAUUGAUUACAUGAAUAAAGGACCCUCCAAUCGUACCUAGAUUAAUGAUCAGUUCUAGAAAAUAUAUUUUAUUUUGUCACCGACACGUGGUGUACACAAAGCUAGACGAAUAAAUAACAUUGUAGUUCAUCUUUUCAAAUGUAAUAAUAGGUCACCCUGUUUGUGUGUUGGAGAGAAAUCCCUAGAGAUCAACCGACGAAGGUGUGGAGUACCUCUCUCACCAAGGAAAAGUGACAAUUUAUUACCAUUGCGAGCUCUGUAAGCAUGGACUUGGAGCAUAUUUUGUGUUCACUCCCCAGAAAAAACAUGGCCAAUUUCAUACCAACACCGUACAUCGAACCCAUCGAUUAGCGACUUUUGCACACUUGUUUGUACGAAGGUGGUUGGUUUUCCCCACAAUUGUUUCAAUUGCUCUGUUGCCUGUCCCAACUACGUAUCGGUGGUACAAUCCACAUUUGUUAAAAUACCCGGACUAACUUGGCUCAAGUAGGAUGAGCAGUGUAAAUCAAGGCGGCCCAGGGUUGGGAGAUGGUAAACUAUCGCGAUUAGGAUCCCUUGUGUGGCUGACUGGAGUGAAGUUUGCUCCCACGAGACUACCGUUUGCCCUUGCUCUCACAUUUCGCAAUAUUUGUAGGCAUUUCAAGAUGCUCACUCGACCGAAGUCCAAUGACUUAGUCUUGCUGGGUUUGAUGUUUGGCACCGGAAUGGUCAUGUACUUAUUAAUGCUGAUCGUCCUGGGGCAAGUACCAGAGGAAUUCCAUUCCCAUUGGUUAGUGAC